AUGAAUCCAAACUUUCGCGACCGCGUCACUGCACUCCAGCGGAAGACGGCAAUCCACACCACGACUCAUUGUAAUUCAGACGACCAUCGCGGUCUCAAAGAUAGCCUCGGAGGUAAACGCAAGUCGUCCAGUAAGCCUCAAGGCCCCAAGAAGAAGGAGAAGCUGCCCACCACCUUCCAAUGCCUCUUCUGCAACCACGAGAAGUCUGUCAGCGUCUCCAUCGAGAAGAAGUCGGGCGUCGGCAACCUCCAAUGCAAAGUCUGCGGCCAGACCUUCCAAACCAACAUCAACUACCUCAGCGCGCCUGUCGACGUGUAUGCCGACUGGAUCGAUGCGUGUGAUGCUGUCGCAAAGGAGGCAGCCAAGGGAAAUGCUGAGAUGUCAAGAAGCAGCAACCGCAUGGGCAGGAUGCCGACGGCGCAUAAUCAGGACGAUGACGACGGUGAUGGCGGCUUUAUCGAGCACGAUGAGGCAGACGCCGAGGGCGAGUAUGCCGACUAGAUUGUGGUUCGACACCGGGGUCGCAAAACAGAAUAGUGGCUGGAGGCAUGAGCGUUUGGGACCUUGUACAACACAUGGGGGGACACGGAGAGUCAUGGCUUGCAAGGCGUUUGGGGUAUCAAAAUGGAUUUACUGAUAACGACGGUGUAUUCGUUACUAUCAGCAUCAGGCUGCUCUAGUCCGAUGCAUAAUACUGCUGUGCUCCACCUGAAGUGCACUUGCAAAAUGAAUUACGCACGACCAA